CCCCGCGAUUGGCUGAGAGCGAGCAGGGCGGGGCCGGCGGCUGAAGCCGGAGCGGGGCGCGGUGCCCGGCGGCGGGCAGCCAUGGCGGAGCGGGGCCUGGUGGUGUCGGCGCCGGGGAAGGUGAUCCUGCACGGGGAGCACGCCGUGGUGCACGGCAAGGCGGCGCUGGCCGUGGCGCUGGGGCUCCGCACCUUCCUGUGCCUGCGGCCCGGCGGCGAGGAGCGGCUCCGUGUCCGCCUGCCCGGCGUCGGCGUCCUCAGGAGCUGGGAGCGGCCCGGCCUCCGCGCCCUCAGGGGCCGCCUCGAGGCUGACUUUGAUGAGUCUAAGCCCCCCAGCGCAGAACUGCUCGAAGCACUGAAAGAGUUUGCUGGAAUCCCUGCCGAAGCCUCAGCUCCCGACAGCCUUGCUAUUCUUGCCUUUCUUUAUAUGUGCCUGGCUAUUUCAGCUAAGUAUGGAGAUAUUCCCAGCGUGGACAUCGUGGUGUGGUCUGAGCUGCCCACGGGAGCCGGGCUGGGGUCAAGCGCUGCCUACGCGGUGUGCUUGGCGGCGGCGCUGCUGCACGCUUGCGGAGCCAUCUCCUGCCCUCUGAAGGACGGGGAGACCACAGCCAGCUGGCAUGCAGAGGGGUGGACAGAAGAAGAGAUGACUCUGAUCAACAGCUGGGCCUUCCAGGGGGAGCGGGUGAUCCACGGCAAUCCCUCGGGUGUGGACAACGCUGUUGGCACUUGGGGUGGAGCCCUGAGAUACCAAUCAGGAAAAAUCAAAUCGUUAAAGAGGGUGCCGACGCUGAGGAUCCUGCUGACCAACACCAAAGUCCCGCGAAGCACCAAGGUCCUGGUGGCGGGGGUCAAAGAGAAGAUCCUGAAGUUCCCAGCUAUAAUGAACCCAGUGCUGGACUCCAUCGAUGCCAUUUCUCAGGAGUGCCAAAGUGUUCUGGAAGCAAUGCCUGCAAAUCCAUCACCGGAGCAUUACCCUGUGCUGGAGGAACUCUUCGAUAUCAACCAGCACCACCUGAACGUGAUCGGAGUCGGCCACCCCUCCCUGGACCGGCUGUGCCGGGUGACGGCCUCGCACGGCCUGCACAGCAAGCUCACCGGCGCUGGCGGCGGCGGCUGCGGCAUCACCCUGCUGCGACCAGACACCACCCCGCUGGCCGUGGAAGCAGCCAAGCGAGAUCUGUGCGCUUGCGGAUUUGAAUGCUGGGAGACCGACAUCGGGGCCGCCGGGGUGACCCUGCACUCCUCCUCGUCUUUAAGCGCCCAAGUGCUGCACGCGCUCUCCGAGGGCUGAGCCACUGCCCCUGGCGAGGCCGAGCUCUGGGCUGGCUCUGCCCCGCUGCCUGGGAGCUUCUCCCCAGCGCUCCCGUCCGCGUGCCUCUGGGUGCUGGGGUUCAGGGCUGGUGUCUCGGGGAGCUGGGACCGCGAUGAGGACCCAGGAGCAACUGCUCGCGCUGGGUCCGAGUCCUACCCAGCCUCUCAGAAAUCCUCUUUUGAAUUUCCUUACUCAACUGCUGUGCUAAUCUCGAGGGGCAGGAGGAGAGCUCUGGGCUGGAUUCCAGCACGGAUAAAGACACUCUGCUCGCUUCUCCUGCUUCAGAUGCAUGUGGUGUCUCUGCGCGUCUCCCCUGGCGUCCCGCGAGGGCGUGCAGCAAGGCUGGCGAGGCGGAUGUGCGGAGUGCUUUGACAUUUUGGGGUGAAAAGCAUCUCGGCAGCUCAGGGUUCGACACUUGGGUCUCGGUUUUUCCCGGACUGCAAUUUACCGCGGAAAGGAAACAUUUCAAUAGAGCUCUUACCUGUUACUAAUUAAGAGCUGGAUAAUUAACAUGAAAAAA